GCUCCCGUUCCUCUUCCCCGGACUGGGAUCCUAGUCGCGAGGGCGUUUGUUUCUGGCCGGAGACCAUUUCUCUCGCCGCAGCGUCUGGUGUCCUGGAGACAGCUGGAAAAAGAGGAGGAGGAGGAGGAGGAGGAGAAGAGCUGACUGCGCAGUCAGGAUGCUGAACGCCGAUCGCCUCUCUCAGUCCGGGCUCGAGUAUCUGGCUCAAAGACAUGUCGUUACAUAUAUGGAAGAUGCAGUGAGCCAACUCCUGGAAAGCAAAGAAGAUAUUAGUCGAUAUGGUAUUGCUAGGUUCUUCACUGAAUACUUUAACAGUGUGCGUCAAGGAACUCAUAUUUUGUUUCGAGAGUUCAACUUUGUCCAAGCUACACCUCAUAAUAGGUCAUCCUUUCUAAGGACCUUCUGGCGAUGCUUCAGAACAGUGGGGAAAAAUGGAGACCUGCUGACAGCAAAGGAGUACCACUGCCUACUUCAGUUACUUUGCCCUGACUUUCCCAUGGAGCUUACUCAGAAAGCAGCAAGGAUUGUUCUAAUGGAUGAUGCUGUGGACUGCUUGAUGUCUUUUUCAGACUUCCUGUUUGCCUUCCAGAUCCAGUUUUACUACUCAGAGUUCCUUGAAAGUGUGGCUGCCAUCUAUCAAGAGCUCUUGACGGGAAAGAAUCCAAAUACUGUCAUUGUGCCGACAUCGUCUUCUGGGCAGCAUCGUUCACGCCAGGCUCUAAGUGAGUGCAGCCCACUUGAUGGGGUGGAGGCGUCUGCAUUUUAUCAGUGCCUGGAGUCUCUGUGUGACAGGUCCAAGUACAGCUGUCCACCAUCUGCUGUUGUCAAGGAGGUUCUGAGCAGUGUACAGAGACUGACUUUCUAUGGAUUCCUGAUGGCUCUUGCAAAGCAUCAUGGGAUCAACAGAGCUCUUGGAGCCCUCCCAGAUAAAACAGAUCUCUUGCUUGACCCACUCAUGGAUCAGGAGCUAGACAAAAUGGUAGCCCAGGUUUCAGGGCUCUCCAUUUCCAACUCAGCCAAUGGUAGUGGGGACACUGCAAACCUGCCUUCCCGCCCCUCUCCACGGAUCAGUUCCCCUUGGAGGCCUCUCCAUCAUCGCCGGAAAAUGGACACUGAAAGUGACGGCUCCACGGAAGAAACGGAUUCUUCUGAAAACUGACAAAGGGGAAUAAAAGCUCAUUUCCAGGUCUUUGUAAUGGCAGUACUCUGGGUGGUGGAGAGGAUGGAGAAGCCGCCAUCCCAGCACUUUGCCCCUCAAGCACAGAACAUAAUAGCCCAUACACAUAGUCACACAUCUCCCUCUUAGACUGAUCUAAUCUACUCUAACCAAAAGUGCAGUCCCUUUCCCAUCCAUACUGGCAGAACUGGAUAGAUUUUAUUCCAGAACUGAUUCCAGUUGCAGGCUUAUACUGCCCUCUCAUGGCAAUUUAGUCAAAUUAGAAAAAGCAACAUUUUAGUAGUAGGGCUGGUAGUUAUAUUUUGCCUUCUUCAACUUUGAAAGAAUUAAUCCUAAACUAUGCUCCAUGGAGCAUCCUCAUCCUCAGACUUUGAGGGGGAAACUAUUUUUAGAACAUGGAGCUUGCAGCUCAUAGACCAUCUGGUGUCCACAUGAGGUUUACUUUACACUUUUUUUGGAUACACACAUUUGCUGCUCAGAUUUGAUAUAAUCCCCCCCCCCCAGAGACUUAUGUCCAGAUUAGAUAGUAUGAUAUGAUCUUAGCAAAAUACCCAGUUAAGAAUUUGGGAGAUACCUCCACACCUUUUGACAAGGAAUAGCUUUCAUUGAAGGUUAUUUUUCCCAACCCUCUCUUACAGGCCUCAGUUUAAUGGAAAGGGGUAGAAAUUAUUUAUUGUUAUUUUGGAAAGCUUUAAAUUGCCCUGUGAAAUAUAUUUAAAAUAAAGCAUGUUGU